AUGGGCAGAAGCCUUGCGCUGUGGACGAAGACGCUGAGCUUCCCGUCCCGCAACUCGCCGAACAAAUCGUCCAAGCACAGCAUCACCACGUCCAUCAACACGUCGUCGUGCACGAUCUUCGCGCCGGCCACGCCGACCAAAGAGAAAACCACGCCCGUGUCCACGCCAGACGUCUCCGAUUGUGAAAAAGAUAAAGAUAUAAUGGGCUCCGUUGUCUAUUGCAUUCACCAUAAAGAAGGUUGUAAAUGGAGUGAUCAGUUAAGACGAUUAAAAGGACACUUGCAAACGUGUAAAUAUGAUGCUCUACCUUGCACCAAUCACUGUGGAGCUCAAAUUGCUAGGAUUUUAAUGGAUGAUCAUGUAAGAUAUACUUGUAUAGAACGUGUCAUCAAAUGUGAACAUUGUAAUGGUGAAAUGAAAGGGGAGGCAGCUGGUGAAGAGCAUAGUAGAACUUGUCCAGUAGAACCAAUCCAUUGUGAAGCCAAAUGUGGUGUAAAAAUUCCAAGACGAAUGUUAGCCAAACAUAAGGUUACAGAAUGCUCAAAAAGAUUGGUACCCUGUCGUCAUUGUGGACGGCAGUUUGUGGCCGAUACUAUAAAUUCACAUUCAACAUCAUGCCCACGUUUCCCUUUACCUUGUCCUAACAGGUGUGAAAUAGUUAAUGUAGCUCGUGAAGAUUUAGAACACCAUAUUAAACAUGCGUGUAAUUCCAUGUUAAUAUCUUGCAGCUUCAAAGAAGUUGGCUGUCGAUUCAAGGGUUUGAGAGGAAAGCAAAUGGAUACACAUAUGGAUGAAUCAAGCCAACAGCAUUUAACAUUGAUGUGUUCAAUGGUGACCAAACAACAACAACAAAUUGUAUCCAUGAAAAAAGUGAUAAAUAAUUUAACUGUCAAUCAGUCAGGUACAUUGAUUUGGAAAAUCAGUGAUGUACUGGAAAAACUUGAAGAAGGUCGGCAUAAAUUAUGUGGUGAUGGCUUAGAACUCAUCAGUUCGCCAUUCUACACCAGCCAGUUUGGGUACAAGUUGCAAGCAUCGGUGUUUUUGAACGGCAAUGGGUCUGGUGAAAACACACAUGUAUCUGUUUAUAUAAAAAUAUUGCCAGGUGAAUUUGAUGCCCUUUUAAAGUGGCCAUUUUCACAUUCUGUAGCAUUCACAUUAUUCGACCAAAGUGAAAAGCCAUGCAACAUAGUUGAAAGUUUUGUGCCUGAUCCAUCUUGGGAGAAUUUCCAACGACCAAGUAUGCAGCCAGAUAGUCUUGGAUUUGGUUUCCCAAAAUUUGUGUCACAUGAAACACUUUUGAAAAAAAGACAAUUUACUAAAGAUGACACAAUUUUUUUACGUAUCAAAGUAGAUCCUAGUAAAAUAGUAGCAGUUUAGAAAAUAAUUUUCAUUUUAUAAGCUCUUAAUAUAUGAUCUCGCAAAAUGUGAAUGAAAAGAAAAGUGUAAACGUGUUCAAAUUUAAAUUUUUUUGUAUUUUAGUAGUCUUUUUAUCACAACUGAUAAUGUACAAAAUAUGUGGACUGUUUGUUGUUUGAGUCAAUUCUUACACCUAUUUGUUAAUCAAUUGAUUAACUUAAUUUAUCUAUGUAUUUUUUGUUUAUUUUUUCC